GUAAUUCAUACCUGCAAAAAAUAGAAAUCUCAGUAGAUUCUACACACACAUAUCUGUUCUCUUUUUUUCCCCCAAUUCUCAAACCCUAACCCUAGAUCUCUCUUAUGGCUACUGAAGAACCAAUUGUGGCGAUUGAGACUGUUGCUGAACCGGUGAUGGAAACUGAAACGGCUAAGGAAGAAAACCCAACGGUUCAAUCUGAUGAACCAAAGAAAGAGAAGGUUACUAAGGCGAAAAAAUCAGCUGCUCCUAAGAAGAGAAAUCCUCCAACUCAUCCUUCUUACUUUGAGAUGAUUCAGGAAGCGAUUGUAACAUUGAAGGAUAAAACUGGAUCGAGUCAGUACGCGAUCACAAAGUUCAUUGAGGACAAACAGAAGAAUCUUCCUUCAAAUUUCAGGAAACUGUUGCUUGGUCAAUUGAAGAAACUUGUUGCUUCUGGUAAACUCGUCAAGGUUAAGAGCUCCUACAAACUUCCUUCAAAAUCUGCAGCUCCAAAAGCCGUUGCUCCAAAGAAGAAACCGGCAGCCAAGCCGGCAAAGAAGGCUACAAAGGCUAAGCCGAAGCCAAAACCUGCUGCUAAGGCUAAAACUGUUACCAAACCUAAGUCCAAGCCUGCUGCCAAAGCUAAACCUGCUGCAAAACCUAAGGCUGUUGCAUCAAAGCCGAAAGCUAAAGCCGCUGUGAAAACUAAGGCUGUUGUUGCAAAGCCAAAGGCUGUGAAAACUAAGGCAGUUGCAAAGCCAGCUAAGGUAGCUAAAACAGCUACAAGAUCGACUCCGUCAAGGAAAGUUGCAGCAAAGGCUAAGCCAGCUGCGAAGAAAGCGGCUCCAGUUAAGAAGGCUGCGCCGGUGAAGAGUGUAAAAGCUAAGACGGUGAAGUCGCCAGCUAAGAAGGCAGCUGCCAGAAAGGCUAGGAAGUGAAAGUGUUUCUUAGGAGGGUAGUGGUUGUAAAUUAGUGGAGCUUUGAGGGUGGUUAUGUAAUUGCGCCCAAAUAUAGAGAAGAAGAAGAAUAGUGUUUUAAGUUUUUUAAUUUCCAGCUGUAAUUUUCUUUUCAGAAUUUUAUAAUAAUCUUUUUCCUUGAAUUAA